AUGGUGACUGCUGCUAGCCUUGCGAUGGCCCGACUUCUCCAUGCUCCUGCUCCGAUGACGCUAAGCCUACCUCGUCCGUCCCUGGCCCAACAACUCGGUCUGGUCACGGCAGGCUAUGUGUGGCGGCCACAUGGCAACGGCAAGCUCCAUCGCCAUGCCCACCCACAGCUCAAACCAGUCCGGAAACGGACGAAGGUGAACCGCUGA